GUGCGGAUCGCCAUGUGGUUUAUGUUGUCGUAAUGUGGAAACCGCGGGUACCGCGGGUAGCGCUUGGAGCGAUGCUUCUUGCUGAACUUUGGUGAUGUAAAACCUGUGUACAGAUAAGCCAACCUGUAUUAUGGAGACAUCGGACGUCAACGCCUGUUUGGACUCCCUGCACAGCGUUCUAGUCGGUCCCGCAAGUGGUGUGGAAAGCCUUCAGACGAAAAUCCGGUCUGUCAUCAAUGAAACGGCGAAGCAGCCAAAGCUGAACUUGCCAUGGUUACCGCUAUCGUCGCUCCUUGUGGACAUCUUGGCACAUAUCGCCGACCAGGGUGCAAAACCGGACACACUCCUUCUCGCUGGGACGUGCGUCGUGCGCAUUCUGUGCCGAUUUCUGACACUCGAUGCCGCUUCCAAUGCCGUGCGGGAACUUCUUACCACACCUUCUCACGAGUCAACUCAGAAGUUGUGCCACAACACACUACUGCCAUCACCGAGGUCACCUCCACAGUCUGCAGACACCUUGGAGCGUCCCACUUUUUAUCACCUUUGCCUCAUGCAUGGUGUCCUGAGCGCCGGCCCAGACGCGCAUUCUCUCCUAACAUGCCAAAGGGACAAAACUGUAAUUCCCUUGAUCCUAGAAGUCUUGCGCCCCCUUGUCAUUCUUGUGCACGAUGACAGGAUCUCACGGUAUCACAGCGUGAGCACUUUGCACCUGUGGUUCAAAACACUGGAACAACUGCUGCGAAAGUCUGAGGCGAGAAACGAGGGCGAAGCAUUUCCCGUCAAAUCUCUGACGAAGAGCUUAUUCACUCCUGAAUCGGACGCAACGUCACUCGUCCUCUCUGCAAUUGAUGCCAACUGGGAGUCAUCUGUGAAUGGAGUCUCUGACCUUACCAAGAAAAUAUAUCAGUCUUUUCUUAAUGUGAUACACAGUGAGAACAUGACUGAAAACGGUCGUGCAAAGCCAGGGACCAGCCCGCCUGACAUCGUGCCAACGUUUCACAAAUAUUUGCUUGAAAGAACAAUGCAGCUUGACUGGAAGGAAAAGCCCAAAUAUCUAAGCCUUGCAUGUCUCUUGCAGUUUGUGCCAUUUGAGUUGUGUCUGAAAAUUGAUGCUGAUUUUACAAAGCAUUGCAUCCGUGGACUGCUGGCUAACCACCUUGUGUCAGCGACUGUGGAUGUUUACAGAGCAUCCUUGACAUUUGGUUCAACUCGCACAGCAAGCAAGGAAAUGUGGUCUCUGUACUGGAAGGCGCCAGUUGUUGACAUCAUCAGGUGUGAUGAUGGAACAUGUCUUCAAAACAUGACCACCCACUUACUGCCGUGGACUCUGAAGAACAUUCCAGGCAGCCUAGAGGAGCUUGCGGAAAGCUUCAGAACAUGUAGGACAGAUGACAUAUCGCUUUCUUUCCUUGCGACACUGGGUCGUAUUGCUGUACAAGCGGGGCUCGCAUCCAGGGUGCUAGAGGAGCCACUGAUGGCACAGUGUCUUGUACACCAAUCCAAUGCAAUACGGAUAGAAGCCUUCAGCCUAUGUUGCUCGUUGUACAUACUUCGUGCAGGAAAGCUGGAAGUGGACCUGUCAAAGAUACUUCAAUUUGUAACAGCCAACCUAAAUGUUGACGACUCCUGGUUCCGGUCAAGGCUUGUCGUGCAGCUAGAAAACGUCUUAGUGGCUCUUCGAGAGACUAUCGUGUCCGAAUUCAGCAAAGCAGCACGCCAGAAGCGGAGAGGCCGUGAGGAUGGCACGCUGCAAAACCAUUACACAUCGGCCUUCUGCUUCGUCAAAGAACUUGUGGUAAUGGCUGUGGAAAAUCUAUUUCCGGGCGCAAAUUACCAAAGAGCCAUAACGUCAUUGUCAGUCCUUGAAUGUGUUGGAAAUGUUUUUCGAGUGGAUCCAUCUGGGAAACAAAGAUCAACACACAAAAGAGAAACCUUGGAGAAGUUCUUUGCUUCUGAGACGGGUCGCUUUGAACUGGGAUCGACGCAGAAGAGUAUCAGGGCGGCCUUUCUCAAAGCACUUUUUCAUAACGUACUUGAGGUUCGUCUUUCUGCAUUUCGGCUCCUGAGCACUCGUGGCUGCCCGCUGUUUGAAAGUGGAAGAGAUCUUCAGGAUGUACUGCAGGAUGCACUGCAGGAUGCUGCAGACAAAUACCUUGCUAGUCCACGGCCCCAAGACCAUGCCAUUGGUGCCUUGCUUCUGCACCUGUGCCUCACCAACCUGAAAGAGGAGCCAAGGCAGCUUGUUGCAAAGCUAGAAGAAAUCUGUAGCUUGGGCGAAAAUGCCUUCUUAGCAUUCCAGCGUGAUCCAGUGUCUGCAUCAGCGAGUUUUCCACUUCAUGGAGUGCUGUUGACCCUGGUCACUUGCCUAAGUGAUGUGAAGUGCAUACUGGCAGCCAUGCAGGGUUGCAGCGUGGAUGGGAAGAACAGCAACUUAAUUUGCAACAUUCUCAACAGGGCAUUGUGUCUUGCUAAGAGCUCCCUCUUUCACUCGCUCCUUGUCAUGGUGCCAAAGGACAAGCAACACAUUCUCGGUGCAACAUCUGCUAGUUCAGCAGACAGGGUAGCACCUUCCUUCGAAGACACAAACCUGGCAUUCGCAGAGCUCAUCAGAGACCAUGAGAUGGCUGAAGUGAUCAGAUUCACGUCAGAAGAGUGGCAACAAGUUGAGGAAAGACUGGCAUCAUUCUGUUGGCACUGUAUCAAGAACUCAUGUUCGCUGUUGGACCUUGUGGCGUCAAUUUCACUGAAGGACAAUGGAAUAUCGUAUGCACUGGAUGGCAGGUCACUCCAUGACAUUGUGGAUGCCCUGGUUGCAGUCAUGACUGGAUGCAGGCAUCGUGGAGCUAUUGAAAGCUGCUGCGAGUCCUUGAAAAGUCUUUGCCAAGUUCUUUCCAGCAGUACAACCACAGAAAUAUCUGAUAUUCCAUUCAAUUUUGUAAAAAAGGCUUUGUCAUCAUUAACAUCAAGAUCAAAAUCCUCCUCUAUCACAAGGCGGUCAGCAGGUCUCCCAUUACUCAUCAGAGCGCUUCUUGAGGGAGAAGCAAGAAACGUGAAGCGUAGCAUGUCAUGGACUGUGGAUCACUUGAGCUGCGUCAUCAGAGAGUGCGCAGAGCAGCGCGGCAGUUCUGCAUCCACAGUAGAUCUGCCCCAAGCAGAAGCACUGCACGUUCUGUGCGCAGUUGUUGGCUCGGCGACCUUGACAGCUGCGGUGAUGAUGCACCUCGGACGCAUUCUGUGGUUUUGCUUUGAAGGCUUGGCGUCACCAUUCUGGCUCGUGAGGAACGCGGCACACCAGCUCUACGGUGUUACAGCACCGCGCGUGCUGGGACUAAAGAAGACACGAGAAGAAUUCGUUGGCCAUGAUGCUAUGACUGCAUUGGACUUGUUUGCAAAGCUUCCGGAUCUGCGGGUCUUGUUUCUGAACAAACUUGAUGGCUCCAACGUAAACGACCAUGACUUGUACUUCGUCCUUGACUUCCUCUCAAGGCUUAAACCACCUGCCAUUGGACAACAGGGACUAAAAUCUCUGGCACCAUUUCAACAAUGCAUACGUAAUCACCUGGGCUGUCGGUCAUGGAAACUGCGCCUGCUUGCCGCGAAGUGCGUCUCUUCUUUCUGCCAAUCGACAAGGGAAGAGGUUGUGUUCUUGCUUGAAAAUGUUGCAGCCCUCAAAGAUGCUAAUUCUCACAACAGUGCCCACGCACACCUUCAUGCCAUUAAUCGUCUCCUGAGGAACAACACUGUGUGCGUGCCGGACAUGGCCAAAUGGUUCCAAGAGAGUGGUAGUCUCAGCAGGUUGUCAUGGGCUUUGGCAUCAAACUUUUUCGUGAGGAUGGAGUUCUUGGACUUGCUUGACCUGCUAUCUGGUAAUGGUGGCCGCACCGAGUGCCGAGAGAAGUUGCAGAAGUCAUUUCUGCCGGACAUCGCUCACACUUCCGGCCUUAAAAAGCUGCCUGGGUGCGUUUCUUGGAGACAAAAGCAAACGGAAUGGCUUCUUAGAAGAGCUGCCCGUCUGUGCCCACCUGAAAUAGUCACUGUGGUUCAAAAGGGAAAGGAGUGUGAUGUUGUUAUGGAAACGGCUCUCGAAUUUCUCAUUCCUCAAGCACUGCAACCGGACUGCGGAAUCUCGUCAGAUUUAUGGUGUGAGGUGGCGGUAGCCCUUGUGACAUACUUGAACAGUGCCUCAAGUCUGCCAGCCCAAUCAGCCGAUGUCUUGGACUUGCUGGAGGUGCUCUUGAAUAAACAGGAAGUGGCAAACGAGUGCAUUAACCUCUCCUGGUUGACAACGUUUCAACGCAUCGCCAUUGAGGCGUCAUCCGUAGCAGGCACAACAGUGAGAGCGCUGUCUCUGGUGGUGUGGUCACACUGUUUGAAGCGCUGUUUACAAAACCUUGACAAUUACUCAGUUGAAGUUGAAGGAAGUGCCGAGUCAUGGAUCUCGGCCAUCACAUGUGCCGUAAGCAACCAAGAGAAACUGGCAGCUACAGCGGACAUCUGUCGAAUGCAUGCAGCGCGUUCUCUUCACAUUGCUGGUGAUGCCGUGUUCACCUGGGCUGCUUUCAAGUGCAAGCCACGCAAGUCAAAGCUUCUUCAAAGCUUGUUUAGCGCAACACUACAGCUUCUUCAAGAUGAAGACCCCCAAGUUCGCUCUGAAGCUGCUGGUGCACUGCCACUUCCAAGUGCUGGACCACAGUCACUUCCUGUCCAGCCUAAUAUUGCAGCAGAUAACCUGUUCAGUAAGCUGGUGCUUGCUUUUGCGGGUGAUGCGGCAGAGUUGGUCGAGUUCUUGUGGUGCGAGCUUUGCCGGAGUGGCCCAUCUGCGCUCUCUGAAUUCCAGCAGCUCGCAAAGCCCACUGUUGCGAGCCUCUUCGAACAAGAUGAAAGUGGCAUUUUUGUGGAGCCCACAGUCGUUUCUCAGAUGCUGCAUCGAGGCACUCAGAUGGCACUGGAGGCAGCACUCAGAAAUGGUGCAGAUGUGACGAACUUUCUCGUAAAUGAAGCUGCAAGACUAGAAGAUGAGCUUAAAGCUGCGUCCCAAGCCAUCGAUGAAUUCACCCUGCUCACGGGCAAACCCCUUGGCUCAAACCUCGAGAUUCUGGGCAGGCCCAAGCUGCACCAUGCCAUUGCGGUGUUACGAGCCCGUGCAGAUCUGGUUGAAUGGGCUUGCGCGCAGUUCGGUGCGGAGCACAGUUCUGGUGUAUUCGCUGAAACGAUGCCGCCAGGUAAGGAGGUCAGUGAGCUGUCGCUGCUAGCAAGUGCAGCUUUGCAGCUUUCACGCGCAAAAGCUCACCUUUUAGAGCUCUGGACUCGGCUGACCCUUGCAUAAUAAAGUUGUGUACUAUAACAUCUUUCCA